GGCGGCGGGAGGUUCGGUUGUCGCCCGUUGGCCGCGCGGCGCCGCGCUCGGCGGCCGCCAUUUGCAGACAGGAUCUUUAGUGCAGGCUGACCUUUGCUGUAAACUCAAGGCAAUCCUGCAGCCUCAGUCUUUGAAGUGCUGGAAUUACAGUUUAUUUUCAGUUGCUUUUUAACGAAGAAAAGCUCAUGGUGCAAAUUGUUAUUUCUAGUGCAGGGGCUGAAGGCCUGGCAGAAUGGGUGCUGAUGGAGCUACAGGGGGAGAUCGAGGCUCGCUACAGCACUGGAUUAGCUGGAAACCUCCUGGGAGACCUACAUUACACCACUGAGGGAAUUCCUGUGCUGAUUGUUGGGCAUCAUAUCCUGUAUGGGAAAAUCAUCCACCUGGAGAAACCUUUUGCAGUUCUUGUCAAACACACUCCUGAGGAACAGGACUGUGAUGAACUUGGCCACGAGACUGGCACCACCCGGUACCUGGUGACAGCACUCAUCAAAGACAAGAUCCUUUUCAAAACCCGCCCCAAGCCCAUUAUCACCAACGUCCCCAAGAAAGUAUGA